UCUAAAAUAUGUUUUAGCUGUAGUGUGUUGCGGUUAUGCGUGCCGUACUAACGUAUUAUUUUUUUUGUUUUGUACAUUAACCGUAUGAACCGUAUAAUAGUUAUUAGUUUUUCCGUUGAAUUCAUACGUAUACGCUAUUAAUUUAAUAUUACAAAUCGUCUUGUGUUUUUUAACGCUUGCUGCUCGUCGGUACAGAUCUAUUUCUUGAAUCUGACUAUAUACAAUAACGUUGUUAUUAUAAUUAAUACUAAUAAUUUAACUUAUCCGCGCUACCAUGAUUGUUUUAACUGUAUGACAUAUUUUUAAAGAAAUAGUUAAAUUUGUUUUAUUUGAGUAAUAUAAUAAGUGAAUAAAAUUAAUUAAUUACAUACACCGACGGUGAAAGCGUUUAAGACGGGAAAAUGUACACAUUAGAAAACGACAAAUUCAAUUCUUUUCAUCUUGAUCGUAAUAUAACAUCUAUAUUUAAGCAGUUGGAAGAUUUUUAUGAAUGGUCGGAAUCGGUGGCUGACGAACGAACUAAAGGAUGGAUAAUGGUCAACUCAGUAUGGACUACAAUAGUCAUAAUUUUGUGUUAUUACCUAACAAUAUGGCUGCUGCCAAAGUAUAUGAAAAAUCGUUCUCCAUUCAACUUAAAAAUUAUUAUGCUUGUAUACAAUGGCUUAAUGGUGGUGGUAAAUUCAUUUAUUGUUGUCGAGUUAGCACUAAUGUCCACUAAAUUGAAUUAUAGUUGGACGUGUCAACCAAUAACGUACGUCGAUGAAAAUGCUGAGCUUAGGAUAGCAAAAGCUAUAUGGUUGUAUUACAUGUCAAAAUUAGUGGAAUUUUUGGACACAAUUUUUUUUAUUUUGCGUAAAAAGGAUAACCAAUUAACUUUCCUUCACGUAUAUCACCAUUCUACUAUGUUCUUGAUCAUUUGGUUGGCCAUUAAAUAUAUCCCUGGUGGUUCAGCAUUUCUGCCUAUCUUAGUUAACAGUUUUGUGCACGUGGUUAUGUACACAUACUAUGCAUUAGCUAUUGCCUAUGGAAAUAUAUUUUCCAAGUUCAGGAUCUAUAUAACGUCAAUCCAAAUGGCACAAUUCCUCAUGGGAUUUAUUCUAGGAACAAAUGCCAUCUUUAACGGUUGCCAAUGGCCAUUAUGGUUAAGAUGCGUGUUCUUGUUUUACGUGAUCACAAUGUUAAUAUUGUUUGGAGACUUUUAUAGAAAAAACUAUAUCAAAAAAGCUAGCGCAAGAGAAAACGAAGGCGGAGUUGACAUGAAAAGGAUCUGAUAUUGUAUGUGUUCACGGCCAGUUAACUGGUUUUUAAAAAAUAAAUUGAUUGCUCUAAUUAUAAUUUACUAUAUAGAAUUGGAUAUAAUAAUUAAUAAUUAAUAUUAAAUAAAACCCCCACUCAAAUAACCUAACACUAUUUUGUAAACAUUUGUAUAUUGUGUGAUAUUUAAAAUUUCAAUUAUUUUUUAAAUUAUACCUUAGUUUUAAUAAUUAUGGUAAACAACCUUUCUUCUUUUCAAUUUGUAUGUUAUAAGUGUUAGAUAGGUACAAACAUUUUUUUAAAUUAAUUAUAUCAUCGAAUUUGUAAAAUAGCAUGUAGUAAUA